CCGUUUCCUCCACUUGCUUCAAACAUGGCGCGUCUACUUUAAAGUUAGAGUAUUAAAAGUCGGUCCGUUCUCCCAUCGUAUAUAUCAGCGCUGGGACAAGCGUUUAAGGCGCCAAACCCCCUCUGACAGCCACCUAAAGUAACCGGCCUCAGGAUGCCUGUUAGCGGCUCGCACGAAAAUAACUCGGGAGGUAGCGUAGCGGCUUUGGCGUUUUCGCUGGAAUCAGGAAAUGUAUUAACUAAACCAAUUGGAUAUAUCGAAUCCUGCUUCAAGACAAAAAACGGUACACCCAGACAGCCCUCUGUUUGCAGUUUGUCUCGGGCCUGCUUAAGGAUAAGCAAAAAUGUCUUCAAUAAUCCAGAACACUCGCUUAUGGGAUUAGAGGAAUUCUCUCAUGUAUGGAUUCUGUUUGUCUUUCACAAGAACGGGCGUUUGAGUUGCAAAGCUAAAGUCCAGCCACCAAGACUGAAUGGAGCCAAAACCGGAGUGUUUUCUACACGAAGCCCCCAUCGCCCCAAUGCUAUAGGACUUACACUGGCCAGACUUGAAAAAGUGGAAGGUGGUACACUCUAUUUGUCUGGAAUUGAUAUGAUACAAGGCACUCCGGUUCUGGACAUUAAACCUUAUAUUUCUGAGUAUGAUUCCCCUAAACCUGCAGCUUCUUUAGACGAACUGCAAGCACAGGAAGGAACAGGCAACGAUAAUGUAUGUGUCAUGCCGCAGAACAGUGAAGCAAUUGAACAGCCACAAUGUCUCCAGGCUCCCAAUGAAAAAUUCGUUGACACAGAACAAGCAGCAUCUAAACUCGCAUGUGAAACGCCAAGCAUUCCUGGUGAAAUAAAUGAAGACCAAGAAAAGAAUACAGCUUUAGAGGUCAUUAAUGAACUGCCUCCUGUUGUGUUAGAAGAUACCUUGCUUGAUGGUGUCUCCAAUCAGUCAAUAGAUGGCACAGCCACAACAGAGCAGAGAACUGAGUUCACCGGGCCCAAGAGCCCAAGCGUACAUGAAACCAAGGAGACCUGCAACUCCGAGGAUAGUUUUGUUCCAAUAUGGGUGAAAGAUGCACCUGUGGCCAAUUUAAAAGUCAGAUUUACACCUCAUUCGGAAAUGGAGCUCAGACAAUUUAAACCUCCUUCUGACUCAGUUGGACCAUCAUUCACUUACUUCAAGACUUUUGAGGAAGCAAAAUGUGCAAUAUCAACAGUGCUGACUGCAGACCCACGGUCAGUUUACAGGAGGAAACAGUGUCAAGAUCGUCUGUUUUAUUUUAGCCUUGAUACUCUUCAUAUCACUUGCUGGUUUGGUGACGGCUUCACAGAAGUACUUAGAAUACAGCCGCUUGAAGAACAUUUAAAAUGUCAGAAAUGAUGACCACCAAGAUGCUAGUGAUCUUCCUCUGAAUUCAGCUUAUAUUGAACUUUAUAUUCUCCUAAUAGAAAUGAAGAGAUCUUCAGGGUAUUAAAUAAAACAACCAUAUUUUCAAUAUGUUUUUAAACCUGUCUCAUUUUAAAGAAUUUUAUUCCAUAGAACAUUGUAAUACGGUACAUUUUGUUUUUAUAUAAAAUAAAAUGUGCUUUUCAUUGAAAUUGAAAAUUUGAAUAUUGAACACUUUUGUAGAUGUGAUCCCUCUACGCCUCACUAAGUAUUUCUGGCAUGCGCUGGGUGAUCAAAAGUACACUUCAUUUUCUGGGUGAUCAAAAGUAAACGUCAUUUUCAUUUAAUAAAGAAAUCUCUACA